CUAACAGAAGACUGCGCCGCUGCUUUGGGAUUGGUAGCCGAGUUGUGUGUCGCGCUUUUUGUGACGACGCGAACAACAUGGCGGCGGAAAGUGGUAGCGAUUUUCAGCAGAGACGGAGAAGGCGCCGGGACCCGGAGGAAUCAGAAAAAACAGAACUCAGCGAAAGAGAGCUGGCGGUAGUAGUGGCGGUGUCCCAGGAGAACGAUGAGGAGAACGAAGAGCGCUGGGUUGGGCCUUUACCUGUGGAGGCAACACUGGCCAAGAAGAGGAAAGUCUUAGAGUUUGAAAGAGUCUAUCUUGAUAAUCUCCCCAGUGCAUCCAUGUAUGAGCGCAGUUACAUGCAUAGAGAUGUUAUCACCCAUGUGGUAUGCACCAAAACAGAUUUUAUUAUUACUGCCAGUCAUGAUGGACAUGUCAAGUUCUGGAAAAAAAUAGAAGAGGGAAUUGAAUUUGUUAAACAUUUUCGUAGUCACCUGGGAGUUAUUGAGAGUAUUGCAGUUAGCUCUGAGGGAGCAUUGUUCUGUUCUGUGGGUGAUGAUAAAGCAAUGAAGGUGUUUGAUGUAGUGAACUUUGACAUGAUCAACAUGCUGAAACUUGGCUAUUUUCCUGGACAGUGUGAGUGGAUCUAUUGCCCAGGGGAUGCAAUUUCUUCAGUUGCUGCUUCUGAAAAGAGUACGGGAAAAAUUUUCAUUUAUGAUGGCCGAGGAGAUAACCAGCCACUUCAUAUUUUUGACAAACUCCAUACGUCACCUCUUACUCAGAUACGGCUAAACCCAGUUUUCAAAGCAGUAGUGUCUUCUGACAAAUCUGGGAUGAUUGAAUACUGGACUGGGCCUCCUCAUGAAUAUAAAUUCCCCAAAAAUGUGAACUGGGAAUAUAAAACUGACACUGAUUUAUAUGAAUUUGCCAAGUGUAAGGCUUAUCCAACCAGCAUAUGUUUUUCACCGGAUGGGAAGAAAAUAGCUACCAUUGGUUCUGAUAGAAAAGUUAGAAUUUUCAGGUUUUUAACUGGAAAACUCAUGAGAGUGUUUGAUGAAUCACUAAGCAUGUUUACUGAACUGCAACAGAUGAGGCAGCAGUUACCAGACAUGGAAUUUGGCCGACGAAUGGCUGUAGAACGUGAGUUGGAGAAGGUUGAUGCUGUAAGAUUAAUUAAUAUAGUUUUUGAUGAGACUGGACACUUCGUGCUAUAUGGAACAAUGCUGGGCAUUAAAGUUAUAAAUGUAGAGACAAACCGGUGUGUGCGGAUUUUAGGCAAACAAGAAAAUAUUAGAGUGAUGCAAUUGGCUUUGUUCCAGGGAAUAGCCAAAAAGCAUCGUGCUGCAACUACUAUAGAGAUGAAAGCUUCUGAAAAUCCUGUUCUUCAGAAUAUUCAAGCUGACCCAACAAUAGUCUGUACAUCAUUCAAAAAGAAUAGAUUUUAUAUGUUUACCAAACGAGAACCAGAAGAUACAAAAAGUGCAGAUUCUGAUCGAGAUGUUUUUAAUGAGAAACCUUCUAAAGAAGAAGUCAUGGCAGCUACUCAAGCUGAAGGACCUAAACGAGUUUCGGAUAGUGCCAUUAUCCACACCAGCAUGGGAGACAUUCACACCAAACUCUUUCCUGUUGAGUGCCCUAAGACAGUGGAAAACUUCUGUGUUCACAGCAGAAAUGGUUAUUAUAAUGGGCAUACAUUUCACCGUAUAAUUAAGGGCUUCAUGAUUCAGACAGGAGAUCCAACAGGUACUGGUAUGGGAGGAGAAAGCAUAUGGGGAGGAGAAUUUGAAGAUGAAUUUCAUUCAACAUUACGACAUGACAGACCAUACACACUCAGCAUGGCUAACGCAGGAUCAAAUACUAAUGGAUCCCAGUUUUUCAUAACAGUAGUACCAACACCUUGGCUUGAUAAUAAGCACACAGUAUUUGGACGAGUGACUAAAGGAAUGGAAGUUGUACAGAGGAUCUCCAACGUCAAAGUCAAUCCCAAAACAGAUAAGCCCUAUGAGGAUGUCAGCAUCAUAAAUAUUACUGUCAAGUAAAAUAAGAUUUGUACUUGCAAAUAAAAAUGCAAUAUUAAACAGAUUAUUUUACAUUAGGAAGCUUAGGACUUGCUGAAUAUACAGAUCAUGUUUCAAAGAUACAAUAUUAUAUUUUUGUAUUUUUUAUUAAAGGCUAUUUUUAAAA